ACGGACGUACAGCAAAGCGUUUUGGUUUCUCAUUUCCGUCUAUAGGGUAGCCUUGAGCUGACAACUGAUCGAAUCCAAUGGCUUGGUUUUAUGUGAGUUGUGGGUAAUCUGUGCGAGAAGAUCACGUUGACAACUCGGGCUGUAAUAUGGCACUUGUGGCGAGACGUCGAGAACUUAAGACCCAACUGUGCUAAGCUAGUAUGGGUCAGCAGCCAGUUAAAGCGUUAACGGAACGAUCAAAAUCUGGGAAAACGAUCAAGGCAUCUGGGAAGAGCAAAGAGGCUGAAAAGUCAGAAUUUCAUACUGCUACAGUUGAUCUUACAAAGCGACCUUUGCCUGAAACACCAUUGGAGAAGUCUGUUGCAGAAUGGGACUCUAAGGAUGACCUACUUACAGAUGACCAUCGCGAUAAAUCAAUAUUUAUUGCAAUACAUGACUUUCAAGCUGCUGGCAGCAAUCAGUUGACUAUUCGAACAGGAGAAGAAUUGGCUAUCAUUCGUUUCAAUGACACUGAAGAAUGGUGCGAAGGUCAAGCUAGAAAUGGAAAUAUUGGCUGGUUACCGAGUAGUUAUGUGAAACCUGUGAACAGCUUGGAAAAGCAUUCUUGGUAUCAUGGGCCUAUUUCACGUAAUGCAGCAGAAUAUUUACUCAGCAGUGGAAUCAAUGGAAGUUUUCUGGUUCGUGAAAGUGAAAGUAAUCCUGGACAGUUAUCUAUCUCAUUGCGGUUUGAUUCAAGAGUGUAUCACUAUAGAGUCAGCCAUGCUCCUGAUGGCAAAAUGUAUGUCUCCACUGAUAAUAGAUUUACAUCAAUUGCGGAGCUUAUUCAUCAUCAUUCUAAGCAUGCAGAUGGACUUGUAACAACUCUUCAUUAUCCUGCGGCAAAGACUGAUAAACCCACUGUGUACAGUUUUUCACCUGAACCAGAUGAAUGGGAAAUACCCAGAUCAGAAAUUGCCAUGAAACAUCGUCUUGGUGGGGGGCAGUAUGGAGAGGUUUAUGAAGGAGUGUGGAAGAAGUACAACAGACCAGUGGCUGUGAAGACCUUAAGGGAAGAGACAAUGGAGGUGGAUGAAUUCUUGAAAGAAGCAUCAGUCAUGAAAGAAAUAAAACACCCACGACUGGUACAGCUCUUAGGUGUCUGUACAAGGGAACCACCAUUUUACAUCAUAACAGAGUUCAUGACCAAUGGCAAUUUGUUGGACUAUUUACGAAGCACUGCAAGCAAGGAUUUGAAUGCUGUCACACUGAUGUACAUGGCAACACAAGUGGCCCAUGCUAUGUCAUAUUUGGAAUCAAUGAAUUUUAUUCACAGGGAUCUUGCAGCUAGAAACUGUCUUGUGGGGGAGAACAAUCUUGUAAAGGUUGCAGACUUUGGUUUGUCGAGACUAGUGACAUAUGACAUCUACACAGCUCAUGAAGGUGCAAAGUUUCCAAUCAAAUGGACAGCUCCCGAAGCUCUGGCCUACAACACAUUUUCGAUUAAAUCUGAUGUUUGGGCAUUUGGAAUACUUUUAUGGGAGCUUGCAACAUAUGGUAUGUCACCCUAUCCAGGAAUUGACUUGUCGCAAGUGUAUGAAAUGUUGGAGAGUGGAUACAGAAUGCCUUCCCCAGAGGGCUGCCCUCAAGAGGUCUAUGAAAUGAUGAUGAAAUGUUGGAGCUGGGAUCCACAAGAUCGACCAACAUUUUCUGAAAUCCACAAAUGGUUGAACACAGUCUUCUCAACAACCAGUGUUGAUGAAGAAGUGGAGAAAGCUUUGGAAAAGAAUAAAUCAAAAAAAGAUAAAGGAAAGAAAAGCAAGAAAAGAGGUGAAGCCAAUGAUUCUUUGUCAGCAAAAGACGAGAACACAAGUAGAAAAAAGAAAGAUGAUUCUCAUGGCUCAAAGUCAAAAAUGUCCAAUAUGAAAAAAAUUACCAGCUCACUGAAUCCAUCAGGGCCUCCUCCAGAACCACCAGCUCGGCCAAUGCUCAAAGAUCAAAACUGGGAGAAAGAAAAGGAGGCACGUCCCUCAUUACCUCCUGUACCAACUAACCCUGUGAUGUCCAAUUUGAUGAAGGAAUUGGGUAACAGGUCUGGGACACUGAAAAAAGGACUUGAUAAAGGAAUUGUUUCAAAUAGCAGAGAGCAAAAAGAGGAUCUUCCUUCAAGAUUUACUGCUGAUAACCUGCACAAAAGACCACCUGCACCUUUACCUCCAGAAUACCAACCUCAGGAGCAGAGAGGAGCACCUCAUUUCUCAAACCCAAAACAGCAAGAAAAUGGAAAUAAGCCUACUCCACCCUCUCAAGGAUCCCGUAAAAUCACACACCCGCAACCUCUUAGCAAGCCACUUUUGCCACCACCCCGACAGUCUCUACAGAAAUCUUUGUCCAGUCCAUCCAGUCAAGCACCACUUUCCCCUCCUCCUCAAAUGAAUAAGAGCACAAAGUCACCUUUGCUAGAGGAGAAAACCAAAGAACUGGAUGCCCAGGUGUCAAAUAAAGAUAAACCAAGUAACUCUGCCAGGAAGACAAGUGCUGCAGGAAGUAAACCCUCUGAUCAUCUGAAUUCAGAAGUGAGCAAGCCAAAAAGUCCAGUUCCAAGACCACGGAACAGACCCCCUCCACCUCCACCUCCAAUCUCAUUACAAGAAAGUGGAAAAUCCACCUCAAAUUCAAGUUUGUCAUCUGGGGAUACAAACCUUUCAGAAUUUUCAAAUGAUGGGCUAGCAUCUCCCAAACCUCGCCCAGUACCUCGCCCAAGGCAGAGGGGAGAACAACCAUCAGAACAGAGUGAUAGAGGUUCUAAAAUUGAACCUCUCAGGCAACCACCCUCAAAAUCGAAACCAAUGCAUCCACCUCCAUCAAUCCCGGACAUUUCCAAAAGACCUUUAACCAGAAAUAAUUCAAGUUCAAGCCAGCAGCAAGUCAGUUCUUCAGUAGUGAAGCCAAAGUCAUCUAGGCCCAAACCAGCUCCUUCUAAACCAAAACCUCCAGUUAAACCAAACAUUCCCAGGAAACCUAAAACUACCCCUCCCAGUUCAGGAGCUGAUUCUAAUCUACCACCCAAAGUAAAUGAACUUUUGCAGCUUUCUGACCAAUGCCAAUCAAGGAUGAGGGCAAUUCUCUCUCUUACUGAUGCUAGAGUAAUGGAUGAUUCACAUAAUAAUCUUCUUCAAGCUAUUGAUGAGCUCAAAGGAAUCUCUCUUGAAGUUCUAGAGACAUCAUCAAGCUUAACUGACUCUCUAGAACCACAGGCACGGUUUAAAGUCCGUCGAACAGUUACAGAUCUGGAGGGUAAAUACAGUGACAUGGAGGGUGUAGUGGAAACUGUGGGACCUAAUCCUAAUGCUGUUGAUAUGGAAAGGAUUGGAAAAGCAGUGAUCAGUUUUUCUGAGGCACUAGAAAAUGUGUGUUCCACUGUAAGAGCUACUGCCUCCUGAUAUUUUAUCUGCAUUGUGGAUACUUGGAAAGAAAGAAUCUCACAGUCUUAGAGGAAUUUUGAAAUGAGACUCAAGAGUAACCUUGAAUUGCUUCAGUUCUGUUUUUCCAUGUUCUGAAAUUGGUCGCAGAAAAACUUGGACUUCCCUCUUAACCAAUCAGAUGCGAGACCUGGUCACUCUCAUUUUCCAGUGCUUGAGGCUAGUUUCCAAUUUUUACUUUUAAUUCUCCUUGACAUCUGGUGAUAUUAAUGGCCUUUGUUCUGAUUUUCCUUAAUGAUUUCUUUUGUUCAAAUGUUGGGAAAGUCAAUCCAAAAAGGCUCUUGCAUUUUUCAAUAUUUUUUUAUUUUGCAAUACCAGUAGAAAGAAGGCUGGCUUUUGAUUCAUUACUUGCACACUUGUGAUUAGCAGCAAUCGUCAAGUUGUGCAAGAUUUGGGAAAAAUUUUUACCCAUGAAACACAAUCUAGGAAGCGUUAAUGUGUAAAUAUGGGUAGUUUUUAAUUUCAUUUUUUGCCAGGCUGUUAAUGUACACAGACAGUUUGUGAUUUACAUGAAUCAAAAAUAUCUCUUUGUCAAUGUGAAGCUACACCUGUCGGGUUCAGAAGCACCUUUUCCCAAAUUAUUAAAACAUGUAGAAUUAAAACUGUUACAGGUGUCAAACCCUAGACAAUUUAAAGUGCUUUUCCAGCCCAGCAGAAUUUCUUUACCCUCCCAAGGAGGAGUUCUUGCUUUUUACUUGCCUUCCCUUUCUUAUACCUUCAAAUAUAUGUCUGAAAGAAAGGCACCUAUUGUAACUUGCAUUGUUCUUAUAUGAAACAACACAUACCAGAAAUUUGCAAACGAUCAAUGUUGAAUUGAUUAUGUGAAAUAACUAGAAGAGCUAAGGAUGCAAAGCCCCCUUCUUAUUUCUGCUCAUUGUUUGGGCAAGUAAUUAGAAGGAAUUAUAUUUCAUAUCUCAAAUGUUGUAGGAAUAAUGGGUCAUAAUUUUUACAUUUGGGUUAAGAGAAAGGCAAUAAGCUGUAAACUUGAUUGCUCAUUACAAGUUUAUAAUGAUAGAGGAAUUAUUUUUAGACAAUACUAUAAAUUCCCCCAAAAAAGAGCAAAUAACUCUUAAUUGAAUUGAAACACUUGAAGUUUGUUAUCACUUUGAAGGAAGUAUUCAGAGACAGAGUGCAGUAGAUGUGCAAAUUGAAUGCAACUUUUUUUUUUUUUGCAGUGGUUUUUUUUAACAGAGACAAGCUUAAAACUCAGCAAUUUCAACAUACCAAAGCUAGUUUUUAAAUGAAAUGCUAAUAUUUAUAUAUUAACGUGCAUACAUUUUUACAUGUAUUUGUACUUAUUCCCAUCUGCCAUUUACUUUUUAUCUGCUAUUUUUCCAUUUUUUUUUUAAUACUCUAACGUUUGGUUUGCACAUAGUGGUUCUUCUAUUUAUUGUUCUUAAGUUUUGAUAAAUGUUUUCUUUGGAUGUCAAUCCUCUCCAUCUUUCUUGAGAUAAUUUUAUGCAUUAUCAAAACAAUUCCCCCAUUCUUUCAAGCCUGGUUUCUGCCCAAGAUUGCCUGGACUACUCUGAUCAUUCUGAACACUGAACACUGUGCAGUGGAUUAGAAUGAUUGGAUGGAAACUGGGCCUAGUGAAAAAAGGUGUCAUGUGAUCCAGAUGACCAGUGUGCUUUUACAUUAAACCUGUAAUUCCCACCAGUGAUUAAAAUGCAACUGCUCCCUUUCAACAGGUAAUGAAAAUACUUAACAACCAUUCUCCAAAGUGGAGGGGGCUUGUGGAGGAUAGUUAAUGAGUCUUGAAGCAGUAAGGUAAAUAUCUAGCACUGCCCACCAACACUGAGGUGAAUUGUUGUUUUAGUAUUCACUAAAACAGUGAGAUAAUGAAGCAAAAAAAAGAGAUGAUUUUAACAUUUAUUCCUGCAACGAUUACAAAAUUUUCAGGCAUAAAUCCUGCACGUGAAUGCUUUGAUGUGAAUAGCAAAGGAUAUUCAGAGUAUGAGUAGCCAAUCAGAGCGCUUGUCUAAUGCUAUCCAUUGUUUAGUAAAUACUAAUUAAACUUAUCAGGUUUAAGUUAUUAUCCUGAUCUAACAAAAAAUACUUGUAACUAAUUUACAAGGAAAUGAGUAGUAGCAAGAUGGGAGAAUUAAAAAUCACAACUUGGGAGUUAAGGGGUUAACCUGGUUUUUGUAUCACUUGGAUUAUCCUUUUUGGCUCAAGAAAUGUGGGAGAUCAGGAUGAUUGGGUCAUCAAGUAGAAAUCAGGCCUUACUCUUAUCAAUUUUAUACUUGUGAGGAGCAGUUACAUUUUUUUAUCUACUGCAGGAGUGAAUUAAAUCUCAGACAAUUUCUUUAGAGGGAUUUGCAGGGUACAAAUUGUGCUUAUGAUCAUAAUGGAGUAAGUUUAGUGUGUCAUAAUCACAACUUGAGUUAUAUCCUUAAAAUAAUACCCACACAACUCAACAAAAUACCUAGAUGUCACAAAUAUUGUUGUAUUUUGACACAUUUAAUUCCUGAGACAUGAAUAGGAAAUCAUACAAUGUUAUUCAGUAGUACUUGUGAACUACUAAUAUAGAACUUAUAAGCAACAAUUGCUUCCAGUAAAUCUGCAAUAACUGUUUCUAGCCACAAAUGUGCAUGCAUGAUGUAAUUUGAUGUUGAGGAUUGACAUGCAAUGAGCUAAAUAGAAGUGAAUGUUUUGCAUUGGAAGAGAGAUAUUCAUUACUUAUUUUUGAGAGUUACUGAUUUACAGAAAAUCUGUUAGCAAUUGAGAUUAUAAUUGUACAAUUUCAGAUGAAUGUAUCCAGAAAAUUCAAAGUUGUUGUCAAUAAA